AUGAUGAGUUCCUUUGACGCUCAAUUCAUUGACAACGCUUCAUGCUGUGGACUUUCUAGGCAAGAGUCAUCUGUGUCUGAAUUCAAGCAAGAAGAGUUCGAUGCCAUGCUUGCUCAGGGAAUGCAGCAUCUGAGUUUUGAUGAGCUUCAGAGGGAACAAGAAGACUUGCAUGGAGUUGGAGAAAUGAUCGACAAAGAAAACCAUCAGGAAACGAUAUCUUUGCUGCAGCGUUUUGAUGACCAACUUCAGCGUCGGAAGAAACAUACCGUAUAUGAAUCAGCUGAAGUGAUGAACAGAGACUAUGUCACCAGUUCGGAGUUAAGACUUCCUUUUUUGCAUGCCAAUCGCUGGAACCCCGAGGCUGCAGCUGAUCAGUUUUUGAGUUUUUUUGAGAUGAAGAAACAACUUUUCGGUAUGGACAAAGUCGUGAAAGAUCUCACUCUGAACGAUCUCGACGAGGAUGACAAGGAGAACCUUUUGGCAGGAAGUCUACAACUAUUGCCUUGCACAGAUCGUUCAGGAAGAACGUUAGCACUGGAAUUACCAGGGCUUCGUUCCUUCAAGAAUCUUCGAAAUGAGCUGAGAGCUAGGUUUUACAUGUUGGCGAAUCUAUGCUCCCAUCUGAAACGAGGCGUCGUCUGGAUCAGUUACGCUGUAGGCCAAUACCACGACACUAUGAAUGGAAAGGGCUUCGCGGAGACGGCAGGAUUGGUGAAGUGUAUGCCGAUGCAUCUUGCUGGAAUUCACUUGUGCACAGAUGACCCUACAGAGGCACUCAUAAACAAAGCAGCGUUGGGGGUGUUCCCCGCUAAGUGGAAAGCAAAAACAAGAGUACACUACGGAAGUCACACAGAAUGCCAGUACCUAUUGAAUACAUUCGGAAUACAACGUGUUUCGCUACCACUCACCAUUAUGAAGAAUGAGCCAAUCUUGAAGGAUCACAUGACUUGGUACAAACAAUGCCUCAACGAAGAACAAACUUCAGCGAGAGGUAGGAAUUCGGUUGUAAAUGACUUGGAACCCGAGCCGUGCGAUGUCCUGUUUGCAGGGAGAAAGUUUAGCGGGAAUGGCAAUGAGGAACUGAGGGUAAUGGCCAUGCAGUACGUUCAAUCAUAUGUAGGAGGAAAUCCGAAAGAACGUAGGACCAUUGUGGACACCAUGGUGGAACAUGUCAGUCGCAAGGGCGGACGCUUCCUGAAGUUGGACGACCACAGCUCGGCUUGGGUGGAAGUACCAAUGGCCGAAGUGCGUGAAAAGAUUGCCCAGAUGUUCCGGAACUUGCGACGUCCCCGAGCACCCCAACAAAAGAAGGCACCAGUUGCCACAUCGAGCCAUCUACCACUUCUCGAUGAGACUGAAAUAGCUUCAACCGAUAUCUUGUUUGGACGAAGAGUUGGCCAUGAUGGGAACCAACGGCUAAGAGACAUGGUGGAAAGCAUGGCUUCAGAAUAUGAUGCAGCGACUAGAGGUAGAAAGAAGCAACUGGUGGACUCGCUGAUCGAGGAGAUCAAGUCAUCGAAUGGUCGGUUUUUACGACGGGUGGAAGGAAGAAAAUGGCAAGAGGUGUCAGAUGAUGCUGUCAUUGUCUCUAAAGUGUCUUCACACUUUCGAAACUAUCGCAGAAGCAACAGAGACAUAUAA